AUGGAAGGAGGGACACGUAAGCGAAGGGCAACAGCAGUGCUUGCACAGCUGGAUGCAGCAUUGGAGCAUACAAAUGGCACAGAACAGUCUUUAAUGCAGCAAAUAGUGGCUCAGAAGCGGCCAGCCUAUGCGCCUUGGAGCCGAUCACACUUUUCGCGCAGACUGGCAACGUUCUGGGCAUUUCCAUGGCAUAGUCUUGAUUCUCCGAUUAACGCUGUUGCCUGGGCAAAGCGUGGAUGGAUAUGUGUAGACCGCACAGCAGUUUACUGUGAAUUGUGCAAACGACGUUAUGAAUUGAGAACAUACAAGUUGGAGGAAAAAACAGAAAAAAAGGGAGAGAAAGAGAAAGAAAACGCGGAAAAAGAGAAACCAGACGAAGGGAAAGAUGAUGAUGAUGAAGUGGGAAAAAAAACGGACGAAAAUGGCCCAAAAAACGAAGAAAAAAGGGAGAAAAUAGAUGAAACAGUUAACGGGGAAAAUGAGACAAAUUUGGCCUUAAAAAGUGAAAAUCUGAGCACAGAAAUUAACAAAGAGUCAAAUCUGUAUUUAGAUAUGGCUUUCAAAGUGUAUUUGGAUGCAUCAUUAAUUGAAAAAGGGCAUUCAGAAGGAUGUACUUGGCGGCGACGAACAUGUGAUGAUUCAAUCAUGAAGCUUCCACUCUUAGACCGGCAGGGAGCUUUGAAGGCACAUAGUGCUCGUAUCGAGCGUCUACGUACAAUACAUACACAGUAUCCGCUCCCUUCUCUGCGGUUACCCGAGGAGGUGACACUAGAUCCAGAGAAAAUGCUUUACGUGGAAAGGGAAGAUUUUGGGAAAGCGGAAAAAUUGUCACUUUUCGGAUGGACAUGUAUAGUCAUUGAUUCUGUGCAGCUGCUUGCAUGUAUGGCAUGUCAUCGACGAAUUGGGCUCUGGGGAUUUAAAUCAGGGGAAGAAGGUUUGUUUGAUGUUAUUCGUGAACAUAGAGACUAUUGUCCUUGGGUGAACUCGGUGAGUCAAGUAUCACCGGUACCAGGUUGGAAGCUCCUUACUCGGUGGCUUGAUUAUGAAAUGAAAAAAAAAGACCUUGAUUCUGGCGAUACGCGAGAUUUACUAAAUGUGCGGCUCAAUCGUUUACGUAAUAUUUUUGGUUUAAAAACAGUAUCUUUAGAGUCAAAGAUGGCCGGUUAA